GUACUGCAGCCUGAAGGCGGAAGUCUGUUCCACCUGUUAACGAUCAUCACGUCAUGUCUUCCUUUUGAACUAUUAUGACUAUUAUAACUAAUUACACUAGCAUAUCUAAAUGUAGAUAGUCGGUCAUAAGAGGAUCAUGGAUAAAUUAAAGAAAGUUUUGAGCGGUCAAGAUGGAAACAAUGAUAAGGUGGACAUACUGGAGGUAGCGACCCAGGCCAGCACGCUGAGUUGGGGAACUCGGGUGAAGGCCUUUGCAGCCUCCUUCCUUCUGGGAGUGGUUUGCUCCAUUCUGGGGAGCUGUCUGCUGUGGGUUCCGGGCGUGGGCCUCGCUCUGUUCGCUGUGUUCUACACGCUGGGAAACGUCUGCUCUCUGGCCAGCACCAUGUUCCUGACCGGACCUCUUGCCCAGCUGAAGAGAAUGUGUGCUAAAGAGAGAGCGCUGGCAACCGUCGUCAUGGUGACAUGUCUGGUGUUAACGCUGUGUUCCGCCUUCUGGUGGAAGAACAACGGACUGGCUGUUCUGUUCUGCAUUCUACAGUUCCUGGCCUUCGCCUGGUACGGCCUGUCAUACAUCCCCUUUGCCAGGGAUGCGGUCCUGAAAGUGUUCACCUUCUGUCUGUAACAGUCUGUCAGAAACACUAUUUAACCAUCCAAUCAGAUCCGACUACUCUGUGCCUUAUUAUUAUGAUGCUUCAUUAAUAUGAUGCCUUAUUAAUAUGAUGCCUUAUUAAUAUGAUGCUUUAUUAUUAUGAUGCUUCAUUAAUAUGAUGCCGUAUUAAUAUGAUGCCUUAUUAAUAUGAUGCCUUAUUAAUAUGAUGCCUUAUUAAUAUGAUGCCUUAUUAAUAUGAUGCCUUAUUAAUAUGAUGCCUUAUUAAUAUGAUGCUUUAUUAAUAUGAUGCUUUAAUAAUAUGAGGCUUUAUUAUUAUGAUGCCUUAUUAUUAUGAUACCUUAUUCCCAAAUGCAUAUGUUUUACGUGUUUUAAUUCUGGAUUUCGAAGUCAGAGCCGCAAUGAUAUUAAAGGAAGUAGACCAAAGCAUAUUAAGUCAGCGUCAACACACUCACACACAUAUAUAUAUUUAUAUAUAUAUAUAUAUAUAUAUAUAUAUAUUUAUGUAUAUAUUUAUGUUAGGGAUGCAAUGAAAUGAAAAUUGUUGGCCGAAACCGAAACCGAAUAUACUGAAACAGUUGGCCGAAAGCCGAAACCGAAUGUGGCUUUUGCUGUUUUUCAUUCAUUUUGCUUUAAUCUUUCACCAUUGCAUAAAUCAAACAAUUAAAUGUCCUUUAUAAACUUUUUUGUCUUGCUUUUCAAUAAAAAAAAUCAAUUAAAAUCAAAUAUUUAUUUAAUACUGAACGUUUUCUAACAUUCGAGCAGACCUUACAGCAAGAAUUUCAGAACAAUGUACCUUUAAAUAAAUUAGCAAAACUAUUUUAUUUUAUUAAUCAAAAAUAAAAAUGUUCGGUGUAUUUUUUUCGGCCUUUUUUCGAAUAUUCGGUGCAUCCCUAAUUGAUAUAGUUUAAUAUACAAUACACCCGACGUAGUGUCCUCAUAUCGUACCCUUACCUUACCCUCAACCCGAAUCCUAACCCCUAACUCUUAACCCUAACCAUUAACCAUAGCACUUAACCUUAACCCUAGCCCUAACCCUUAACCGUAGCACUAACCCUAACCCUAACCCUUAACCGUAGCCCUAACCCUAACCAUUAACCGUAGCCCUAACCCUUAGCCCUAACCCUAACCCUUAACCCUAGCCCUAACCCUUAACCCUAAACCAUAGCCCUAACCCUUAACCCUAGCCCUAACCCUUAACCGUAGCCCUAACCCUUAACCCUAACCAUUAACCGUAGCCCUAACCCUUAACCUUAACCCUAGCCCUAACCCUAGCCCUAACCAGCUCUUCACUCUCGCAAGGAUCCUGGAGGGGGCCUGGGAGUAUGCCCAUCCGGUCUACAUGUGUUUUGUGGAUCUGGAGAAGGCGUAUGACCGGGUCCCCCGGGAGAAACUGUGGGAGGUGCUGCGGGAGUAUGGGGUAAGGGGGUCUCUCCUCAGGGCCAUCCAAACCCUGUACUCCCAAAGCGAGAGCUGUGUUCGCGUCCUCGGCAGCCAGUCAGUUUCGUUCUCAGUGGGUGCUGGUCUCCGCCAGGGCUGCGCCUUGUCACCAAUCCUGUUUGUGAUAUACAUGGACAGGAUAUCGAGGCGUAGUCGUGGUGGGGAGGGGUUGCAGUUCGGUGGUCUGAGGAUCUCGUCACUGCUUUUUGCAGAUGAUGUGGUCCUCAUGGGAUCAUCGGCCUGUGACCUUCAGCACUCACUGGAUCGGCUGGCAGCCGAGUGUGAAACGACUGGGAUGAGGAUCAGCACCGCUAAAUCUGAGGCCAUGACUCUUAGCAGGAAACCGAUGGAUUGCUUACUCCGGGUAGGAAAUGAGUCCUUAGCCCAAGUGAAGGAGUUCAAGUACCUCGGGGUCUUGUUCGCGAGUGAGGGUACUAUGGAGCGUGAGAUUGGUCGGAGCAGCGGGGGCGGUAUUGCGUUUGCUUUACCGCACCGUUGUUACGAAAAAGAGAGCUGAGCCGCAAGGCAAAGCUCUCGAUCUACCGGUCGAUCUUCGUUCCUAUCCUCACCUAUGGUCAUGAGGGCUGGGUGAUGACCGAAAGGACGAGAUCGCGGGUGCAAGCAGCCGAGAUGAGUUUUCUCAGAAGGGUGGCUGGCGUCUCCCUUAGGGAUAGGGUGAGAAGCUCAGCCAUCCGUGAGGAACUCGGAUUAGAGCCGCUGCUCCUUUACUUAGAAAGGAGUCAGCUGAGGUGGUUCGGGCAUCUGGCAAGGAUGCCCACUGGGCGCCUUCCUUGGGAGGUGUUUCAGGCACGUCCAGUGGGGAGGAGACCUCGGGGAAGACCCAGGACUAGGUGGAGAGAUUAUAUUUCAACACUGGCCUGGGAACGCCUCGGGAUCCCCCCGUCAGAGCUGGUCAAUGUGGCCCGGGAAAGGGAAGUCUGGGGCCCCCUGCUUGAGCUGCUCCCCCCGCGACCCGACCCCGGAUAAGCGGACGAAGAUGAGAUGAGAUGAGACAUAUAUAAGUAGCUACUAAAAACAUUGAUGUAUUAGAGUAAAGUUAAUAAAUGUGUCAUUUAGGCACUAUUUGUGUUAAGUUAAGUUGUGUUAAGUUAAGUAUCUGAUUUUCUAAAAUAAAUUCUUGAAUAAGUGAGCUUUGGCGUCAUGUUAGUGUCAGUCAUUAUCUCUUAGAGCAGGGGUGCCCAACCAGUCGAUCGCGGUUUACCAGUAGACCGCCGACAGAUCCGAAGUCGACCCCGAGGGGUGAAGAUUUUUAAUAAAAUUUGCGCGGGACAUACGCGCGGUAGCGCAUGCGCUGUCAACAGCAGUUGAAAGCCGUCAACAGUAGUUACGCACUCCUAAACGUUGGCAUGGCUGAGGGGAAACGAGCUAAGACCUACCAUUUUCACCCUGAGUGGGAGGAAUAUUAUUGAAUAUUGUUGAGAAGGUGCCGUGCGCAGACGGAAUGAAACCCCCACUGAAGUCCGUAGGUUCACGAUACAGUACAAAUGAAAUGAAGUACGAUGGUCUGGUAGGACCAGGCUACAAGUGAUUUCUGAAACUGCAAAAUAGCACCAGGGAACGUUUGCGCCAGAACACGCCUCCUCCUUUCGCCGAACCGCCCCAUGGGGCGCAAGAUCAUUCCCUAAUUUACGCGCGUGGCGCAGGAGGGAAAAGAACGCUCUGCGCCAGUUGCAAACUAGCAUGGACACAAGCGCCAGUGAUUAAGUCAAUUGCGCCGGAUGCAAGAUAGGACCCUGAUUGUUAGCAAUUAUCUGUAAGAGUAUGAGAAACAUGUUAGUGUUAGUCAUUAUCUCUUAGACCAAUAAGAAACAUGUUAGUGUUAGUCAUAACCAGAUAAACAUAACAUUUGGAACAGACCCUAUAAACAGAAUAUUGUUUGUUUUGGAACAGACCCAAUGAACUUAAUAAAGUUUGGAACAGACAAAACAUAAUAACGUUUGGAACAGACUAGGGCUGUGCAAUUAAUCGAAUUUCGAUCGCGAUAUCGAUUUUGGGGUCAAACGAUCUCCAAACUCGUAUAAUCGAGUUGAAACGAUUAAUUUGA